AUGGUUGAAGAGAAGCCGCACUUACGUAACUCUCAGACACACAAUUCUCAUUCCGAAGGACAGCAGCAAAGCCCUGGGUACUACCCAGGACAAAUCAACCAGCACGGCCAGAGUACGCACUAUGGCGGCAGCGCCCCAUCGCAGCAGCAACAAUUCCCAGCACACAGGCCCCACGGCGGAGGUUUCGUACCAGAGCCUCAGCAACAAGCUCCGGCACACAGGCCCCAUGGCGGAGGUUUCGUACCGGAGCCUCAGCAGCAAGCUCCGGCGCACAGGCCCCAUGGUGGAGGCUUCGUACCUGGACAGCACAGCCCUGUGAGUGGAAACUACAACAGCACGUCAGCAGAGCAGCAGCAUGGGCAGGGUCAGGGCCAAGGUCAGGACAGGUGGCAGUACAUUGAUGCUGCGUCGAAACAGGCGAUGGGUCCAUCAUAUGAGAGAUCUUCGACAUCAAAGGGACCUUCGUCGGAUACAAUGCCCAAGCAUAGUGAGCUUAAGCCUAGUGAGCUUGGGCCAAGUCAAACCGUACUUGCUCAAUAUGUUCCCCCUCGGAAGUAUCAACGGGGAUAUUGGAAUAUCUGGAACGAUCGCAACAUGUGGCGAUGGAAGUUUCCCAACGCGUACCAGAUGCCAGGCUUGAGAUUUGAAUCAUAUGAACUGAUCCGGCACCGAGACGUCCUGCAACGUGUCUUAGAUAGCCCUGAAGACGACCGCUAUCUCAGUCCUACCGACGGUCAUUUGAGCAAGCUUGUGGUCCAGGCGGUAGAUGACGUUUAUGACACUCGUGCAAGAUCGACUUGGAGACGGACCUUCAUGCGCGACGUCAGCCCCCUAAUGGUACGGAUAGCAAAUUGGGCAAUCAACUCAGUUCCAUUGGACAAAGCACACUGGAGUGGAGAGGAUUGGGCACUCGUCAGUGCCAAGUGGUUGCUGGCUUGCGUUUUGCUGAUGGGCGUGAUGCCUGUUCCGACUCCCGGAGAAGGCGAAAUCCGGAACCGAGGCUGGUACGACCCCUUCCCCUAUCGUUUCUGGGGGUAUGCCAAGUAUUGGCGAAAUCUGCAUGAGAAUGAAACCAAAACUGGCAACGCAGACGAAGAGCAUCGGCGUGCUCAACAGAGAAUCAAAAAUCAAGAAAUCGGAUUGGAGAAAGAGCUUUCGGAGGAAGAUGGGGGACUCAAUCCGGUCGACGACCGCCUCCUCCAGCCCAGAUACCUUUGCUUCUUGGACACAAGUCAGACGCAGAUGCCGGCCACCCCAAUGAAAGUUGAGGAUUGGAAAGCGCGAGAGCCAUCUGCCACUCAGCCAGAAUACAUGUUCAUUGCGUACACGGCGGAGCAGUUCCGAGGACUCAAGGAUCUGCAAGCUCUCGCACAGCUGGCUGAAAGAGCAACCAGAGAGGCAGGGCUCUCGGCGUACUGGAUUGGAUCCAGCUGCAUGCCGGAUGAGCAGGAACUGGAGCAAGACGUCUAUCGCAUCAGCGAUGUGAUCCGUGGCGCCAAAGCCAUGGCCAUCAUCGUGGGUCACCCCGUCAACAACAGAAGCGAAAACUUCUCGCCCGAAGAUCUCCUUAAACAAUGGGGAAGACGCAUGUGGACUUUACCUGAAGCGCUUCUUAGCCCCAGAGGAAACUCUAUCAAGAUCUACAGCCGCGUUACCGACGAGCCGUGGGAAAUCUUGAAGGCCAACUUUGCCCACAUUGUCUGGCAUGAUGCGCCUUGGACCAGACAGCUCAUGGACCACUACGAAGGUACCUUGAUUCUCAGUCCUCUUGAGCUCGUCGUCCUCGCCUUGCGAUGCCUCAACACUCGUGACGUCGAUCGCGAGACGCACUUCCCUGGAGAUCUGUCUUACGUGCUGAUGGGUCUGCUGCGACGUAGGCCCCGAGCCAAUCGUUUCGAUUCUGCCUUUCAAGCGUUUGCCAGGCUUUCGCUUGCCAAUGACAGUAACAAGCUCAUAGAGCGCUUGGUCUGUAUCCAUCCAAAGAACCCAGACCAAACAUGGUCAUGUACAGAAGACGCCUGGAACGUGCAGCUAUGGGAUAUUUAUCCGACCAUCCAGGUCGCAGGCGUGGGUCACGACGACACUGUGAUCCUCGAUGGAGCAUUCGGAGCAGCAAUCCGUUGGAAGUCGUUCGCGCCGGUGGCUUAUGCCUCGCAAACUUCCUGGAAGCGAUAUACAGCAAAUCUGGCACUAAGGUCAAGCUCCCUCGUCUUUCUUACCGGUACCAUCCUCUUAGGGAUUGGGGCUCGCGCGGGCGGUACGUUGCGAGCAGUGGGUGUGGCUUUGAUGUUAUUCUCGGUCGCCGUCGUCCUUGCCUCACCGUACCUGGUCCGCGUUCAGUACGGUGGGAAAUUGUGGGACACUCAACCCUGGUUUUUCGGCUUCGAAGGCUACCUAGAUAUCGAAACCAUUGAAUCCCACAUCUUUGGCACGUAUCGCGGUCGCCUAACGUGGUCUCCUUCCAGCAGUCCUCUCUCACGCCAUUACUCCAACGAAUUCGGUGAAUGCAUUGGCUUGGAUCCGACGAGUGAUGUCGAGGUGCGCCGCCUUGUGGAGGAAGCAAGAACAGCAGCAUAUGGGAAGCAGAAGAUCUUUACCUUGGUCGACACUUUUACUUUGCAGGUAACUCUGUUUUCUGCUGUGCGGCCGCCGAUCACUGCGCUGUUGUGUGGGAGUGAGGGAGGCAUGCAGCGUGCUAUUAUGUGCUCGUACGAUGCAAAGACGCAGACGCUGUAUCGCGAGAGCGUGCUACGAAUGGAGACACUUGUUCUCGAGAGGAUGUCUCGAGUCGGUCGGGUUCGCUUUGGUUUCCGCCGGCCUCUUCCGCGCACACAGGAAUCCGCAUGA